UUCCAUUGUCUUUUCUAGCCGCAACUAACAGAGAGCCUCCAUUUAUUUGACUACAUUUAACUUUGACAAACCCUAACGGAUCUUUUCUCUUUUCUUAUACCAUCUCGUGACUCUCCCCCCCAAUCAAGUCGGUGUCUCGGUGACUCUAUCUCUCUCCUCUGUCUCUAAUCUUAGAUAUCUUCAUUGAGGUUUUUUUAUAUUUCCUUUCUAGUACACAAAAUCUUUUGAUGCCAUUCUUAGUGUGUUGACCUUUUUGCUAAAUUUAGUAAACAAAGAUUUUGUCAGACGGUUUAGGGUUUAUCAUCAUCCUAUAGUGAAAACACAGAACAAAACUAAAGUUUCAUUUCCCAAAGUUCUAUUACAACUUUCCUAAAAAGGAAACCUUAAAAGCUUCUCUCUCAGAAUUUUUCUCUGUUUUAUAACUUCUCUUUUUUUUUUGGUAAAAUUCUUUGUUUUAACUUAAUUAAGAGUUAACCACCUCCUCAAGCCUAACAGUUAUCAGAACUGUACUCCUCUCUGUUUCUUGAUUUUCAACCGGAAAGUUCCGUUUCCUAUCGGCAGAGAAAUGUCGUCUUGUCUAAGCGGCGGCGGCGGCGCCACCUAUACUUUCGAGCUGAAAAUGAAGAAAUCUCCGCCGUCUAGAGCCGCCUCCUCACACAACACUCCUUCUCCGUCGUCUACAAUCUCCGAGUCCAACUCGCCUCCGUUCACAAUCUCCACAAGAAGGCCAAGGACUCGGCGUAAACGUCCGAACCAAACUUACAACGAAGCUGCGGCUCUUCUCUCCACCGCCUACCCAAACAUCUUCUCCUCCAAGAGAAACACUCUGUUUCUUGGGACUAAGUCUCCUCUCAGCGACUACGACCAAGCUUCCGAGUUACUUCUACCGUUUGAGACAAUCGAGGAGGAGACAGCUUUCCUGCUUAGUCCCGCAAUACAGACCAAACCGUAUCAGUUCUUGGAGCAGAAAGAGGUCAGUUACAACUCCUCGGAGGUGACUCGGUUUGAGUUAUUUGAAGAUUUCGAUGCCAAAUCGAUUAUUCUUGAUGAGGAGAUUGAACAAGGGAUAGAUAGUUUUAUGGGAAGCAACGAAUCAAAGGACGGUGAAUGUACAACGAUGCCUUGGUGCGGAAGCUCCGGAGGAUUUGAAUCCGUCGGAAACUUCCCAUUAGGGCUCGGAUUGAGGAGCUCUCUCCGUGAAGACCAUGAUGAUGAUGAUGAUGCGUGCUUGUGCAGAUAUCCCACCGUGGAACUCGAACACAUAUCUUCGAGAUUUCAGACCAUCGCAACCGCCGUGGCCGCACUAGCUGAUGACGGCAAAUCGGAUGCAACGGUAGCCGUUGAAAAGAAAAAGAAGACCAAGAACAAGAACAAGAACAAGAAGAAGAAAAUGGCUUCGGCGGAAUCAAAGAGCGUUAAAGAUCUGAAGACGGAGAAGAGAGUGAGUCUGUUUUUGAAGCUUAACUACGAUAGGGUUUUAGAGGAUUGGUCGGAUAAGGAGUCACCCUUCACUGAUGAGAUUCUUGGUGCUCACGCAACCGAAAUCGACAUUCGUGCAAUGUUGGCUGAGAUAGAUUUGUUUGGAGAAAGUGGAAUAUUGAGAGAAGCUAGUGUGUUAAGGUAUAAAGAGAAAAGGAUGAAUCGACUCUUCUCCAACUCCAAACAAAUUCGAUAUCAAGUUCGCAAACUCAGUGCCGAUCAACGACCCCGUAUGAAGGGACGAUUUGUGAGACGGCCCAACAUAUUAAGUGGUUUAAGAUUGUGAGAAGAAGAUUGGAAUCUCUUUUGUUUAUUCAUCAUGUUUGAUGAUCAAAGUUGUCUUUCCUUUUGUUGAUCAUUUGUUCAUUUC